UAUGUCUAAUUAUAGUCUGAUGCUUAAGUAUAUAAUUAUAGGAGAUACAGGUAAUUAAAUCAAUAUAUAAUAGGUGUUGGGAAAUCCUGUAUAGUUUUACAAUUGAUUGAAAAUUAAAUUAGAUAAGAACACGAUGCAACCAUAGGUGUUGAGUUUGGAGCAAAAAUAAUUAAAGUUAAUAGCAUGAAUAUCAAACUUUAAAUUUGGGACACAGCAGGAUAAGAAAAUUUUAGAUCGAUUAUAAGAAGCUAUUAUAGAUCAGCAAUUGGUAUAGUUUUAUUAUUAUGAUGAAGGAGCUUUACUUGUUUAUGAUAUAACAAAAAGAGAUUCAUUCCACAAUUUAUAGAGAUGGAUGGAAGAAAUAAAAAAUAAUGGAAAUGCAAAUAUGGUGAUUACAUUAUGUGGGAAUAAAGUUGAUUUAGAAUCUGAGUAAUAUUUUCUUAUUUUAUUUAGAGACGAGCAGUAACAUAUGAAGAAGGAUGGCAAUUUGCAUAAUAGCAAUAAUUGAUAUUUCUAGAAACAUCAGCAAAAUAAGGAAUUAAUGUACAAUCUGCAUUUUAUUAAUCUACAUAAAGAAUUUUAAAUUAAAUUGAUGAUGGUACUAUAGUUCUUGGAUAAGAUGUAAAUAUACUUUUGAUUUCAUAGCCAGGAAUUAAAAUUGGUGGAUAAUAUAAAAAAAAGGAGAAAGAUAUAAAAAGUAUCAACAAUUAUGAAGAAGCUGUUCAAUUAAAGCCUAUGGAAACUCCAAAUGGUAUUAAUAACUGUUGUUGA